UUGCCUUUUGUUUUGUUUUGUUUUUUUUUUCCGCUCGAAACCCAUUGCACUACUGAGACUAUAUAUACAGCUCCUCCAGUAUCCCUGCCACUGCCACUUCAAUCAUCGACCCAACGGCGACAGGCGCGGCGCUCUUGCAGAAUCCCUUCGCCUCUGGAGAAGUUUUGGGUAGCUAACUCACAUGGAGGAAGCGGAACUGCGCAGCUACUCGAUUAACAAGGAGAGGGAGCUCAAUGAUGAACUAGGAGCGGCUCGUAAAGUUCUGAUCGAGGGCAUGCAAAGAGGGCUGCUCGGUGCGCCCACAAAUAUCGGCCUGAAGAGGUUGGGGCAAAUCGAUUCGAAGCCAUUCGAAGAUGCUUGUAGGGAGAGGUUCCCGCCUGAGAAAGCCGAGUCACAGGCAGCUGCGUUAACUUCCCUGUGGAUGCAGCAGUUAAGUGAUCCCGGUUGGUAUCCAAUUAAGAUGAUCGAGGUCAGUGAAAGUCUCCAGGAAGUCAUUGACGAACAGGAUGAGAAACUGCAGAAACUCAGGCAAGAGUUUGGAGAGGAGCCGUACAAAGCUGUCGUCACAGCCUUGAUGGAAAUAAAUGAACAUAACGCGAGUGGACGAUAUACUGUCACCGAGAUAUGGAAUUUCAGGGAGAAUCGGAAGGCCUCUUUGAAGGAAGUGAUUGAAGACAUCAUGGGCAAAAUCGAAAGAGGAGAUUUAUCGGACAUCAUGGGCAGAAUCACAAGAGCCGAUACCGGUUCCGGUUCCGUGUGAUGGACCAUUUUAUAUCAGGUCCAGUUACUUGGGGAGGCAUCGGGACUUAGGUAGCCAGGACGUCAAUGAAGCAGCGGUUGUUGGACUAGAAGACCACGAGAAGAAAAAUGAUGGCUAUUGAUUAUAUUGCGGGUUUUUUUUUUAUGAUUUUCAUUUUGUUGGUAUGGAUGGACUAUGGAAAAAGAAGAAGAAUCAGUAUAUAUGUUAUUAAGAACUUUUAUAUGUAAGUAAGAAAGAAUGAUGCCUAGCCAGGGUAAUGUUGGAUGCUAGAAGGCUGAUAUUAAUGGCAAUUCCUUUAUGCUUACA